CAGCUGCUGGUCUCUGCGCGGUUUAAACGAAAACUGGACCUGUUUUUGUUUACAUGAUGAGAGUCUGUCAUCACUUUCUAGACACAUAUAUCAUGCAUUAAGUGGGCGUCUAUACAGAAUGUGCAUCAUUAAGCGUGAAAAGAUCCCACCCACAGGAAAUAAAGAAGGCUGUCCAGUUUUGGGUUUCAGCAGAGAGGAGGAGAAAGAGAGAGACACACUCCACCCUGCAAGUCCAGCAGUUAACACUGCUGUAAAGUGUGAUGUCCAUGUCCCUCCUCCUGCUGUCCUUCCUCCUGGCAGUGAGUAAUGUUCAAGGAGGUUCAAACUUCAGAAUCUGUGCCUUCAACCUUCAUCAUUUCGGGGAAUCUAAAGCCAGUAAGAAUGACGUCAUAAUAAUACUGGCCAGGAUCAUUAGUCGCUGUGAUGUCUGUUUGCUUCAGGAGGUCAGAGACAAUAAAGGAGCAGCUGUACCAAAGCUGCUUCAAACAAUUGGAAGGUAUGACAGGCAGAACCAGUAUGAUGCUUUGGCCAGUGAGAGGCUGGGCAGACAAAAGUCAUACCAGGAGCAGUAUGUGUUCGUCUUCAGGACCAACACUGUGACAGUUACUGGUCAGUAUCAGUAUCCAGAUAAUCUACCUGGAGAUGAAGAUGCUUUCUCCAGAGAACCUUUUGUUGUUCGCUUCAGAGCCCCAAAGACAUCUAUAAAGGAGUUUGUCCUCAUCCCUCAGCACACCACUCCAUCUAACACCACUAAAGAGCUGGAUGCUCUGUAUGAUGUUCUGCAACAAGUAAGAAAGAUGUGGAAAACUGAGAAUGUGAUGCUUCUUGGAGAUUUCAAUGCUGACUGUGGUUACCUCGCCAAGAAGAACAGGAAAAAUGUGCGGCUGAUCACAGACAGCAGCCUCUAUUGGCUCAUACCGGAGAACAGUGACACCACCGUUAGGCUGUCAACAUCCUGCUCCUACGACAGGAUUGUUGUGCAUGGAGAAAUAUUCAACAGAGCAGUUGUUCCUUUCUCAGCCCAACCCUUUAACUUCCAGCAGGAGUACAAUCUAACAGAAGAACAGGCACUAAAUGUGAGUGAUCAUUACCCAGUGGAGGUCUUGCUGAAGGUCGUCAGUUCCAAUGCCUUUAAUGGAGUCAUUUCUUUUACAUGUUCCUUCACUGUGUUUCAGUGUUUCAACUAUAUAAUCUACCAUGUGUUAUUGUAACUGAACAAUGAACACAUAGAGUGACAUAUUAUAUACCUCAGAAUGAAUUUCAGAAAAGUUGAUGGAUGCUAUGCUCCUGUAAGUUAGACUUUAUGGGACUAAAAUUUAUUUUUUAAAAUAGUUAUUUUUUCCAAAUAUGUUUCAAAAAUUAAAGGUAAUUUCAUGAAUACUUGCUUCAGUAUUUCAAAGCAAUUUUGAUUCCAUUAAACGUGACUUAAAGUUUAGGUCUAAACCUUUGGUGUUAGUAGUUCUAGAUACCUGUCUAAUGACCAUAUGAUGACUGUUCUUUUACACUUUAACCCUGUUUAACUUUUGUUUUAAAUUACCUUCAUUUUAUUUUCCUUUUUUUGCACUUUUAUCAUUUUUAUCCAUGAGCAGAACCCUGCAUGUGGAACAAGAAAUACUUUAGUGCUGAAAAUAAAAGUUGUAUUUUCUUC